ACUAAUAACUGUUCCUCUGGGUUUUGACCAUCUUCCCUCACUCUGAACGUGUGUCAACAACAACAGCGACAAUAACAUCACUUGCAUGAUUAUUGAUGACAUCGCAGAUUCCACACGUAUCCAAGUGCCUCUCGACUGGUGAAAGAACGCAUAGGCGCACUCUUCAGAAGUCUACCUCAAGUUUUUCCUGGUUUGGUAACUUGGGCUCUUUUCUUCGGGAGGCGGGAGUGUUUUUUUCUCUCCCUGGACUCUGGUUCCUGUCUAGUCCAGUGGCUACCCUAUCAAGGCUAACUUUCCACGAAUUGGAAUACAGGGCAUUUUUACUCAGAAUUUCUCCCAGUGGUCAAGCUCCGUCGUCGGUAGCUUCCUGUUCUCCUCUCUGGCGGGAGGUUAGUUGAAGGCGUAGGGUUGUGGAGGUAUGACUGCGUUGGCAGGGGCAAUACCAAGGAUGAUGCGCCCCAUGCUGGCUCAGAACUACCCACACAGUGGCUUCCCACUGGAAGUCUCAACCCCGUUAGGCCAAGGCAGAAUGAACCAGCUCGGGGGAGUUUUCAUAAAUGGCAGACCUUUGCCCAACCAUAUCCGCCAUAAGAUCGUCGAAAUGGCCCACCAUGGCAUCAGGCCAUGCGUAAUCUCCCGUCAGCUUCGCGUCUCUCACGGUUGCGUUUCCAAAAUCCUCUGCCGGUACCAGGAGACCGGCUCCAUCCGACCCGGGGCCAUCGGGGGAAGCAAACCCAAGCAGGGGACGACACCUGAUGUUGAGAAGAGAAUAGAGGAGUACAAGCGAGACAACCCGGGUAUGUUUAGCUGGGAGAUUCGGGAUAAAUUACUGAUGGAUGGGAUAUGUGACCGGAACACCGUUCCAUCAGUGAGCUCUAUCAGUCGCAUCAUGAGGAGUAAAUUCGGAGGGAAGGGAGAUGACGAUGAUGAUGAAGAUGAAAUCGAGAAAAAGGAAUUAGAAGAACACGAACGGCGGGCCAAACACAGCAUCGAGGGCAUCUUAGGAGACCGAUCGAGCCACUCAGAUGAGGGGUCGGACGUGGAGUCAGAACCGGACCUGCCUCUGAAGAGGAAGCAGCGCCGCAGUAGAACCACCUUCACGGCCGAACAGUUGGAUGAGCUGGAGAGAGCCUUCGAACGAACACACUACCCUGACAUCUACACCAGGGAAGAGCUGGCUCAGAGGGCCAAACUCACGGAGGCCAGAGUACAGGUGUGGUUCAGUAACAGAAGAGCCCGAUGGAGGAAGCAGGCUGGAGCUAGUCAACUCAUGGCCUUCAAUCACCUGAUCCCUGGGGGUUUCCCGCCCUCUGCCAUGUCCAGUCUCUCACCUUAUCAGCUGUCUGACAGCCCGUAUCCCCCUACAUCCAUAUCACAAGCGGUGUCGGAGCAGGCCAGCACCCUGCAUCGGCCCCAGCCCCUGCCCCCAUCCUCAGGCCACCACCAGAGCUCAGGUGGGGGAGUGCAGGACGGGGGGUCGGCCUACUGCCUGGCCUCUGGACGCCACGGCUUCUCAGGCUACUCUGACAACUUUGUCACGUCAGGAGGCCCUCCCAACUCCCAGAACCCUGCCAACGGCAAUGGCCACUCUUCCCAGGUGAUGGGUCUGUUGAACCCAGGCGGGGUGCCCCACCAGCCCCAGAGUGACUACGCCCUCUCCCCCCUGACAGGAGGCCUGGAGCCCCCCGGGGGCAUGGGGGCCAGCUGCUCCCAGCGUCUGGAGCACCUCAAGGGUCUGGAGGGCCUGUCCAGUGUCCCCAACAUCCCCAGUCUCCCCUCGCUGCCCAACUCCCAGUCCUACUGCCCGUCCUCCUACAGCGCUCCUGCCUACAGCGUGGACCCUGUGGCCUCCUACCAGUAUGGGCAGUACCACGGACAAAGUAAGGUGCCCUUCAUUAUCUGAGACCUGUGAUCACCUGAGGAUCUGCCCAUCUCCUCCGGCCAAGCUCAGUCUCCAACUCUGGCCCAACCCAGUCUCCACCUCCACCUCCAGCCUAGUCUCGGUUGAGGGAUGUGUGUACUGUACUGUAUAUGUUGAGACUGAGGAGGCUCUUCAAGUAAUCAGGACCAAAAGCUUCCUCCACCAUCCCUGGCUACCUAUUUCCUCACCCAGGCACUUCCACUCAACAAUGAUCUGUUCCUUCAGGCUUGAUGAAAGUAAUGGAAAAGAGACUAAAGUUAAAGGACAUUGAUAGAGAGGAAUUUAAGGCCAAAACAAUGAAACACAUGAACUUAGAUGAAUGUCUGUUGAUGACUGACAGAGAUGCCACUGGGUACAUUCCCUUGGCUGUGAUGUGGUCUACCCCACAUUGGGCGCCAACUAUGACCAGGAAAACUGUGGAAGACUAAUCCACAUAGACCCACAGCACAGCCCAGGAGCGGAGGCCCGGUUGGGGUAAAACGUCCUUAAGUCAGGCCUGUGGAAGAGCACAGCCAGACUGUAUAGUAACAGACUCACUAGCUCCUUUGGAGCUGUGAACCUGUUUACAUGUUUGUCGUAGGGCCAAAGGAAUACAGAUUAAUUCUAUUUAUCUCUGAAUGAAAGCUACUUGAGGGAAAAAAUAAGAGGCUUUUAUUUGACGUUGCAUUUAUUUGAUAUGUUUUGUUCCAGAAGAUUCCUUCCCACACAAAGAGUGAAAUGAACACAACAUUCCAGCCAUAGACUGAGGAGCAAAUAAACAAACAAACAAGGAAAUGUGUAGAAAAUAAACAUGUCAAUCAAAGAAAGCGGAAGCUUUGAGACAUCAUCAUAAACAUACCUGUAAUGUAUACUACAGCUGUUCCAUUCCCUUCAUUAUGUUAAAUGCUCAGUGUUCUAAAACAUUCCAUUGAACUCUCCCUGUGUUCUGUUGAUAACGCUGAUGUCUUGUAGCUUUAGAAGUAUUCCUAGGGGUCAGGGGUGACUUCGGGGAAAGUCACAGGUGAAGGAGGAGGAGGAAGGAGAGGGGAUUCAGGGGUUCUGAUGGGCGACAGGGCUGAUCCAUCAAGGGGUGCAGUUCCCCCUCAUAGAGGCCUAUUAGGGCACGAGACUCACGACCAAGAGACACAUGAGAAACCAGGACCACCUCACCACAGACCAACCCAGCUGACCAGAAGUGCAAUAUCAUGUACCUCAGAGUCAACGACGCCAUCAAACAGAUGAAACAAAAAGAUCUUGUGUCUUAAGAACUUUCUGUAAAAACAUUUGAAUGAUGUUUGAGUCAUUGGUUAUUACAUGUGCCUACGUAGGCUUCGAGGUCCAAAACAAAGACACAACAACAUCGUCAGUACAGCUAUGACAGCAAAGCCACAGGAAAAGGUGGGACGCACAUUGUGAACCAUUGAAGUCAUACCAAGCCCAUGUGGAGCAGAUUGAUUCAAGGGAAAAAAAUAAGUCAACAACAAAAAAAAUGAUGAAGAUUUACAAAGCCAAAUUAUUUCAUACAUUUUUUUGCUUGCGUCUUUUUGUUUCUCUUGUUUCAAAAACCGAAAGAUCAAUACUGUGGUGUUUUAUGUCAUUUCCUUAUUUAUUCUCUCUAAAGUAUCUAAACAAUUCUGCAACAUUAUUCUUAAACUUAUUCAUAUACCUUAUAGGAACACUGUGUCCGUCUGUUCACUAAAUGGUAUCUGGAUGUCUCAACAGAUCAAAGGUUGUCACAAGCACUCAGCACUCAAUUGUACAUUUGUCUGUAACAGAAAGAAAAGUGUUUUUUCUUUCCAAUGGUUUCUUUCAUUUUUAUAUAUUUUUUGUAAUAUUUGACAGAAUGAAAUGGCGCAAUGUCUUGUGUACAAGCUCAGUAUUAUUACUAUUUAUAAUAAAACAUGAAAAUACAA